UUGACUGACAAUCCCGCAGUCUAAUCCAGAGAGUGAGGAUGCACAGCAGCGGUGAUAUGUGUCGAAUGAACAUCGGCUAACUACUUCUUUCGGCUGUGAUUGACAAAAGCCAGCUAACACUUUGUUCAUCCAGCCCUCAGAGACCAUUGUUGAACCUGAAACCGUCGGUACAGAUCUGAUCCAGAGCGGGACCUCGCAGACGUUACGUUGGGACAAUGGAAUCUAACGUUAUGCCGGACAGUAUCCGCCCUCAGAGGCUACAGCCAGGCAUUGGGUUCGGUUCAGGACCGACCGGGACCCUCCGCUCCUCUCUCCGUCCCGGGGUUACGGUCCCCAUCGCGCCGCUGCUGCCCUCCCCGGCCUCUCUGGCCGCUUCGUCCGGGCCUCCUCCUCCGCCGCCUCCGCUGCAGCUCCACAGCCUGUACGGCGGUAUCGGAGCGGGGCUGGGGCAGGGGGCUGCCGGCCACUGUAACCCGGGGAACCCGGCGGUGCUGAAGGAGGCGGUGGAGGCUGUGGUCCGCAGCUUCGCCAAACACACACAAGGUUACGGCAGAGUAAACGUGGUGGAGGCUUUACAGGAGUUUUGGCAGAUGAAGCUGACCAGAGGGGCCGACCUGCGGAACGGAGCUCUAGUUGUUUAUGAAAUGGUCCCAUCCAACAGCCCGCCAUAUGUUUGCUAUGUCAGUCUUCCUGGAGGCAGCUGCUUCGGAAGUUUCCAGUUCUGUCCCACCAAGGCCGAGGCGAGACGCAGCGCUGCCAAGAUUGCCCUGAUGAACUCUGUUUUCAAUGAACAUCCCUCUCGACGCAUCACAGACGACUUCAUCGAGAAGAGCGUCAGCGAGGCCCUGGCGUCGUUCAAUGGAAACAGAGAAGAGGCUGAUAAUCCCAACACAGGAAUUGGGGCAUUUCGCUUCAUGCUUGAGUCCAACAAAGGAAAAUCCAUGCUCGAGUUUCAGGAGCUAAUGACUGUGUUCCAGCUGCUGCACUGGAACGGGAGUCUCAAAGCCAUGAGAGAACGACAGUGUUCCCGACAGGAAGUGCUGGCUCACUAUUCCCACCGGGCUCUGGACGAUGACAUGCGCACUCAGAUGGCCGCCGACUGGGUGAACCGGGAACAGAGUGUGGCAGGCACCAUUUCUCAGGAGGUGGCGUCAACGGAGCGAGAAUUGGAGGACGCCAGGCUUGCGGGCAGAGAACUGCGUUUUUACAAAGAGAAGAAAGACAUCCUGAUGUUAGCUGUGGGCCAACUCAAUGCAGCCAACACUGCCACCCUGCCCUCGCACUAAACCUGCCGUCCGUUGCGGAAACAUGCCUUCACACUCCGUAGGAUUCCUGGUAACAGUAUUGAUCACUUUAUAGAUAUAAAGGUGCUUCGUCUGAACUUUUAGGUUUCAUAUCUUGUGUUUCGUUAUGAGAACCAGGUAAUCAGGCCUUGAAUUACAGUAUGCACACCCGUCCAUAAAACCGACACUUGCCACUAUAGCCGUUACCUCUUUGUGCCUAGUGAUUACAGGAUAACAGUGCUUUUCAAAAAUAACCUGUAAACUUGCUUGGCAUUCCAACGGACUGGGGUUUACUUGUUUUUUUCAUUAUUUCAAACUGUAUUUACUCCAAGUAGACCUACAGAAACACAGCCUGCCUUUCAUCAGUGAAUGUACGGGACAUAAGUUAAUAUGACCCAUCAAACCAAACACAUUCGAUCAAAGUAUGGAUCAUUCUGAAGUUUGUUUCUUCAUGUUUGGAGUGUGUUUGUUUGCAUAUAGUAUUUUGGACUCUGGCAAGUGAAGUUGGAAAAACAUAUGGGUCUUUAAAACCUUUAUGGCAAGUACCCUGUGUCCGUUAAUGAGAAGAAUAUCUCCACAAAAACAGUAAUAACCCUAAUGUAAAUAUGUGGAAAUUGCAUCCUCAGAUAAUACCAGAUUUCAAGUAAGCGUCGAAACAUACCUAUUGGCUCAUGUAAUAAUUUGUGGGUACUUUGCUAAAAUGUCAGCAGGUGACUGAUUGCUCUGACAGCAGCUCAGGUUAAAAAAAACAGAUAGUGAAUCAUCACUAUGUUUCUUUUUGUUUGUUAAGGCUUUUGACAGUUAUUUUAGUGUUCAUUUUAUGCUUGGUGAUCAUGACAGUAGCUGAAUGUAUAUUUUCAGUGUGCUAUCAAUGAAAAGAUCUGCAUAGUGAUGCUGUUUAACAUGUAGACGACUGAAUUACUCUUGUGAUACACGCAGGGCUGUACCGAAUAGUUCGGAGGUUCAUUCAUAACCUCGACAUUCAAAUUCUAAAUCAACAACAAUUUUUUGCAUGCUGUUAAAACCCUGUAUUUCUGCACAGCUGCAGGUAAAGAUCAGGCUAUACUAAUAUUAUUAGUAUUAUACUAUCUGUAGACAUAGAUUCCAGUGGUGACUGUGUAGGAUUGUUUCCAACUCGUGAUCCAAAUAUUUCCAGUAACUCCCGCUUCCUUACGCCACUGGAGGGGCUGCUGAAGACUUGUGGGAGGAGCUGUUGAUGAUGCCGCACAUGCCACCCACUGGCGGUGGAUAAACAGGAAACAGCUGAUAGCAGGAAUGAGCAGCUAGUAGCAAGAGGGAAACGCAAACCUGACAGACACAGUAAAGAUGAGCAACUGAGGAGACAAGGAAUUGUGCGCCCUCCUUGCCCUCGCAAACGACGAGGCCAUUAACGAGGCCGUCGUCAAAUGACGGGAACGGUGAAGGACGGGCCAACUUACGAGAGAAUCGCCGAAGGACAGACUCCCUUGGAGUACGUCACCGUUUACGUCACACACUGAGCUACACGUUUUGUUACUUGCUCACGCCCCCCAUUGCCUCCCUGCACUCCCCAGUUUUGUUUUUAUACUGCCAAUGCUGAACGAAGAUGGAUUGGGCUUUCCUGCAAAUUUGCACAAUUCCUAUUUAAAAAGGGCUAAUGGUUAAUGAUCAAUUAAUGAGGGUCAGCUAUCGGUCACAAAAGGAAAAGUAUAAAUUAGCAUCCCUAAUGUGAUCAUGUGCAAAAUUCACGUUGUUACCAAACAAAAUAUUCUGCUUUAAUUCAUAUUUGUUGGCGGACUUUCGGUACAGCCCUAGAUGCAGGUUGUGUUUGUCAUGUGCUUCAUUUAGAGGAGUUUUUAAGAGCUGUUGCCUAGUAGAUUAACAUUUAGGUCUUGAUCUCAGCAGAAACAAAGAAUAGUGAUGAUGUGGAGGUAAAAUGUGAAGGCCAAAAAAAAUGAGUGGAGGGAUCUUUUGUUUUUAACAAGUUGAUUCAUGAUGUGUGAGUCAUUGUAGUCGACACAAAACAGUCCCAGCUCUUGGUGGUUUAUGUUGUUUUGACAUACUGGAGGCAGUGCUGGUGUGUAACAGUGUAUGUAACUCGCACUUCUCACCUUUCAAAUGUUUUUAUGUUGAAGGACCUGAUUUAUACUGUAAAUGUGAUAUCUUUAUAUUUCUCUAUGUAUCUAAAAUGUAUUGAAUACAUUAUACGGAUGAAGGUGUUUCGGUGAGUAGCCUUUUAAAGACCCCAUGUAAUGGAAGUGAGAGUUUAACUGAUAAUAUGCAGCUCUGGCUGGAUGGAAAUGUGGGCAGUGAGUUAUGCAAGUUAAACAGCAGGAGGGCUCAUUCUCACUGCUGAAUGCUGGAUUGUCAACAGCAGAAACUGAUUACACUAAAUUUGGGGGAAACAAAGACGCAGAGCUGGAGUGUGAUUAAAGCCAGAUCCAGUUUUAUUAUUUUAUUGCUGUGUCUCCUCCCUGGGAUCAUUGUGCCUUCAUGAAAUUGGCAACAUGCAAGAAAAGAAAGAAAGUUUAAUUUCCUUUAAUGAGGUCUUUAAAAGACGUUAUACUCAGCUUUACUUGUUUUUGUCUUUAUGUCAUUACAUUUAAAGGUAAAAUUAUAGACACCAUGCUAUAUUACUGCGACAGUACCUUAAAGGAAUAGUCCAACAAUUUGGAAAAUUUGCUUAUUCACUUUCUGGCGGAGAGUUAGAGGAGAGGAUUGAUACCACUCUCAUACCUGUCCUUUUAAUGUAAGGCCACAGCGAGCAGCCCAUUAGCUUAGCUUAGCUUAGCAUAAAGGCAGAAAAAAGCUGAUUGCUUCGGUUUGAGUUGCUGAGUGGUGGAUAUAUUGGCAGAUGGCUGCCUUCUCUUCAGUAUAUCCUCCUGAGACCUGGACUUUUGUUUGGUAUAUGUUUUUAAUUUUGCCUUGUUAUUUGGGAUCAGUAGAACCUGAUAAGUAUAAAAAAACGAAACAUUGUCAACGAUAAUAAAGUCCCAAUGUCCUCAAACAAGGACAACAGUAAAGUCUCAGUGUCCUCAAACGAGACGUUAAUAAAGUCCCAAUGUCUUCAAACAAGUACUUCCUAAUUAAAAGUGUCUUAGCUUGUUAAUGUUGCUAAGAGUGAUAAAAUGUGUUGCCAUAUCAAACCACAAACAUCACAAAAAAAACAAGUUUCAGCCAUAAAAUGUGAUCAGGUUUUGGACCUUGUCUACUUUUGUGUCAGGAUCGGCUGCAGACUGACUUGGCAGAGAUGGCUGCCAUUUUGUUUUUACAUGGAUUAGUGUAUUGUGCUCUUACUACCACUAGAUGGCACCAAAAAGUGUCCACAAAUGAGGACAACAGUUUUAAGUUAAGUAGAAUGAAGUUUAAGGUCAAGUAAACCCAAAAUGUGAUUUCCUCAUACGAGGACACAGGGUCUCAGGAGGAUAUAGAACUAGAUGGCACUGAAAAACUCAUCAGCAAUGUCUCAUGAUCUGGUUACUCAAGAUAAUCCACAGCCCUUGUUGUGAGCAGUUUUAUGUAGGAACCAUUUUCUUGUUACGGAACUACAUUCGCUAACCAUAUCACUGCGCAGAGGGAGGUGUGUAUUUAUUGCUAGCUAAUGUUGCAGCUGCACCAACACCAUUAAUCAUUACAUCAAAAGCACAUGCCUCUUUUCAGUGAGCAGGUGCACGCUUUCCUCUGUGGGUGAUACAGUUGGUGGGUGUAGUUUAGUAGGAAGAAAAUAGUUACAACAUGAAACUGCCGGAAAGAGACAUUACUGAUGAGCUUUCUUGAAUUAACUUUUUGGCACUUUGAGCACCACAAGCCGAGUGCCAUCUAGUUCUAUUAUAUUUGAGAGAAGGCAGACAUCUCUAUGGCUGAUAUCAUCAACACUCUGCAACUUACCCCAAAACAAUAGCACUACAGGAAAGAGGAAAAAUGUGUAUACUUGAUUUUGGGGUGAACUGUCCCUUUAAUAUUCACAGUACAUACAUGAAAUUGGUAUCAGUGUUUUCAUCUAACUCUCCACCAGAAGGUGAAUCAACAUGUCCCAAAAUGUUGCACAACUCCUUAAAUAUGUUACAUGACAUUAGCUUAUGAAGGACUUAUUAAACCUUACUACCUUUGGUAUACAUUUAUAUUCAUUUUAUAUUCUUUGUUUGGUACUCAGCUUGCAAAAUAUGUGUGCAGCACAAGGAGGAAUAUAUUUUUUUCUUCUUGAAAAAGACCCUGCAGCUCUUUUCAGUGAAUACUGAAAAAUUAAAUUUGAACUUUGAACUGAUGGAGCAAAACACUUUGACCUCACAAUUCUGCACCUCGAACCCUGCUAAUCUCACAUCCUCCUUGUUUUCUGAAUUCAUCAGUGAUUUUUUUUUUUUGGUCUCAUGAUCCAGUUUGCUAAGAUUUACAAAGCUGAAAUGUAAUUAGGGAGAAAAACCCAAUGAGUAUUUAAAUGGGCUGAUUACAGAGACUGAAGAUCUUGAAUUUAUUUUUAUUUUUUUGGCAUUUUCUCCCUAAUUCAGAUGCUUAUUAUGUGUUUGAUUUUUGACCACAAGCCAUUAAUCUCAGAGCUCUCCUACAACUGCCUUUAACCUUUCUUUGUGAUCAUUAUCAAUGAAGGCUUUUUUAAACAAUAUAUUUUUUUUGCUAUCCAUUUUAUAAACAAAAAAAAUCUUGGGCUUUUCAUCCUUUGGUUUUGAUGCAUGAUGUGUUGACUAAGUUUUGUUUUGAUAUGUUUCAUAUUCUUUACAGUAUUGUUUUAUAAAAGUGUUUCUGAAGGCCCUUAUUGUAUGUAUUUUCUAUGAACAUUUUGUAUUCCGUGUUUAUACUUUUAGUAGAUUUCUAUGAUGUAAUAAAAUGGCUCAUACAAAUGUU